ACAGCCUUGAAGGGCGUUACGGAUAGCCCGUCAUCUAUGGUUGUCGACGAGGUGGAUGCAAAGCCUGCCGAUGCGUCAACGGGUGGUUCCCAUCUCGUCAAGGAUACGCCGACCCCGCCUCUUGAGACGCCCAAUGUGCAGAUUGCCGAAGUUCUUGAGACACCAAAUGUGCAGGAUGACACCCAAGUUCCGCCUGUCGACGUGCCCAUGGACGAUUCCGCAGCACCGGUCGCUGAAUCAGGCCGUCGUCCUGAUGACGUUUCCUCCGUGCUGGCUCAGGGACACCCCGAGCGGUCGUCUCCAUCCGAACUGGUGAUGGAUGAACCGCCUGCGGCCCGUGCCUACACCGACCCGCCUGAGGAGGCAGGUGAAGCCGCACUGCAGGAUACUCAAUCCGACCCGGGCAUGGACGUUGAUGAGGUCGCGAUCGCGGUUGGUGAAGACUCGGUUUCGUCACUUAUCGAUCCGAGCCCUCUUCCACAUGAGGGACACGAAGCGGUCUCAGGCAACGAACCCUCUGCAAAUCGCCGACCAUCCCUCGACCAUGCGAGUUACGGACGCGAGCCAGUAGCAUCCGAGGAGGCGCUCGAACUUUCAGCCUCCCCCGGAACUGCACAGCUGCCGGACUUCCAGGCUUCCAAUAGCGAUCAUCCGGAGCCGACAAAUGUUGCACCUUUGGACGCGUCUACUCAGGUGGUUCCCGAGCCAUCUUUGCCCUCUUCGCCUCCUGUAGAUGCCACGCCUGCGGAAGCGAACCCUCAACCAUUUCGCGAACGCACUCCCCAGCCCAUCCGCGAACUC